UUGAAAUUUUGAAAAAAAUGACAUCGUUUAGUGAAAAUGUUGACUUAUCAGUAACGGAAUCAUCUUCUUGCAAGGGAAUAUCCUCGGAGAUGAAAUCUUUUCCAAUAAAAGACACAUGCAUGAAAAAUGUGAAAUUUCGAAGUGAUAACAUUAAAAAGUUCCAGAAUGAUAAAAAUGAAUAUAGAGGCCUUAUAUUGUCCAAUGAAAUGAAAGUUCUGUUAAUUAGCAAUCCGACAACAAAUAAAUGUGCUGCAGCUCUAAAUGUUCAAGUUGGUUCUCUAAGCAAUCCACGGGAGAUUCCAGGUUUAUCAUGUUUGUGCCAACAUAUGCUCCAAAACAGAAAUAAAAAUAAAGAAAUACAAAGUCCGAUGAAAAGUAAUUACGCUCAGUACCUUUUGCAAAAUACCGAAAUCUGCAGUUUCUUUUCAUCUUGCGAUAACACUUGUUACUCUUUUCAUGUAAAUGCUGAUAAAUUGGAGGGAGAAUUGGAUCGAUUUUUCAAAUUAUUUUUCGAACCUCAAUUUACAAAAGCAAACAUGGAACAAGAAAUCAAAUGUAUCAAUUUUGAAAACGAAAAAGCAUUGGAAUUUAACGUUGAGUUUAAUAAUUAUAUUCAGCUUGAGCAUUCAUCGGCAAAUCCAAAUCAUCCUUAUUCUCAAAUUAACAAGGGCAGUUUAGAGACACUUGACAUUAUACCAAAACAGAAAAACAUUGACGUUCUACAGGAAGUAGUUAAUUUUCACAAUAAAUGGUAUUCGUCAAAUAUUAUGACUCUUAGUGUUUUUGGAAAAGAGAGUUUGGAAGAUUUAGAAAAAAUGGUUGUAAAUAUGUUUUCGGGUAUAGAAAAUAAGAACGUAGAAGCACCCAAGUGGACUCAUCCUUUUAAUGAAGAACAAUUACAGUGUAAAUGGUAUAUGCCAUUCGUUAAUAAGCAAAAAAUGGUUAUAAUAUUUCCUAUUCCGGAUUUACGGGAAUAUUAUCAAUCUUCUCCUGUGUCUUAUUUGGAGAAAUUAUUUGAAUACAAAGAAGAAAAUUCAUUACUUUCAAUUUUAAAAAAAAAGGGAUGGAUUAGAGUGAUUAAUGAUGUCGAACUAUUUAAAAAUGAUGAUACACGAGGUUUCAGUUUUUUUAAAAUUUAUUUCAAUCUCACAAAAAAUGGUCUCAAUCACAUUGACGAUAUUAUAACUGUACUCUUUCAAUAUAUUAAUAUGAUUAAAAAGCAGGAACAUUUGGAACCAUUCUAUAAUUUUAUUUAUCCUGAUGAGGGUGUAUUAUGUAUGAAGUCCAUUUCAAGGAGUACUGUACCUUACCUUUAUGUCUCUAAUAUAGUAAAUAUUAUGCCAGAUUGUCCAAUUGAAGAAAUAAUUAAUAGAUUUAAUUCAUUAUUCUUUGAAUGGAGACCAGAUCUUAUUAAAAAGCUCGUCGAUUAUUUGACUCCGGAAAAUAUUCGAGUUCACAUUUUCGACAAAUCUUUCGAGAAUAUUGCUACGGAAAUUGAACCCAUUUACAAAUCAAAAUUUAAAAAGGAAAAAAUACCAGCUAAUCUCAUUGAGAAGUGGAGAAAUGCUGGUGAUAAUUGUGACUUGAAAUUGCCAACGAGAAACGAAUUAAUUCCGACUAAAUUUGAUUUGAAACUUGAGAAUUCAGUCAUUGAAAAAUAUCCUAAAAUUAUUCAAGAUACACGAUUUAUGAGAGUUUGGUUCAAGCAGGAUGAUGAAUUUUUUUUGCCAGAAGCUUAUAUGACUUUUAACUUUGUUAGUCCGUUCGCUUACAUCAAUCCAAUAAAUUUCAAUAAUAAUUGCAUGUUUGUGAAACUACUGCAAGACUCGUUAAAAGAUUAUGCCAAAUGUGCCGACUUGAUUGGUUUAAAAUUUAUUCUCUCUGCUACUUCGUAUGGCAUAAAUUUUAAAAUUGAAGGAUAUGAUCACAAGCAAGACGUUCUAAUAGAGAAAAUUAUGGAUAAAAUGAUAAAUUUCAAAAUUAAUGAAAAAAAUUUUGAAAACAUGAAGGAAAAAUAUAUGAUAGAUUUAGAGAAUUUAGAUGCCUAUCCACCAUUUCGUCAGGCAAAAUACUAUUGCUCAGUAUUAUUAACUGAAAAAGCUUGGGAUAAAAAUGAUUUACUGGGCGCAUAUACACAAUUAACGGUUGAAAGUGCACGGGAUUAUAUGCAACUGUUCUUUUCGAACAUACACGUUGAAUCCUUAAUUUACGGAAAUAUUACAAAAGACGAAGCACUAAAAAUUGGAUCCUUAAUCGAAUCGAAACUAACAAGUGCUCACAAUUUUAAUAAAGGAAAUAUUAAACCAUUGUUACCUAUGCAAUGUGUUCCAUUUCGAGAAGUUAGUUUAGCACCAGGCUCAAACUAUUGGUAUGAAACGCAGAGUAUACAAAAUAAUGAAUCUUGCACUAGUAAAGAAUUCUAUGCGACGAAUAUUUAUUAUUAUCAAAUUGGAUCACAAUCCAUAGAGUUAAAUAUGCUUCUUGAAUUAUUUUAUGACAUAAUUAGACAACCUUGUUUUGAAAUUUUGAGUCUUAAAGAAGAUUUGGGACACGUGUGGUGUGAUUUGCAAAAAUCGAAUGAUAUCAAUUGCUUAGAAUUGACUGUAGCUGGCCGUAAUUAUCCCCAAAACAUUGAAGAACGGAUUAAUAUAUUUAUAAAAUCGAUGGAGGAUUACAUCAAAAAUAUGUGUGAAGAGGAAUUCAAUGAAAAUAAGGAAAUUUUCGCAGUAAAUAAACUUAGAAAGCCGGAAACAAUGUCAAAUAUGUUCUCUAGUUAUUGGAAUGAAAUUUCAUCUCAAGUAUACAAUUUUGACCGAAAAAAAAUAGAAGCAACGUAUUUGAGGACAAUAACUAAGGAACAGUUAUGUAAAUUUUACGAGAAUUACAUAAGCGAUAAUGCGCAGUUUCGAAAAAAAUUAUCCAUUCAUGCGAUUUCGUCAGGAGAAGUUCCUUCCGAAUUGAAGGAACAAAUCGCAGCAACGAAGAUAACUGAAGAUCAACAACCGAUUCGAAUCACUGACAUUGAUGCUUUUAAAAUAAAACAUUCACUUAAUCCUCUUCCCCAACCAUUUAACAAUAUUCCAAGAAAAGGAAUGCUAUCAAAAUUAUAAAAUUUCCUAUAUAAAAAACAAAGGAAAAAAAACCAAAAAAUGUUUUAUCGACUUUAUAAUUAAUUUUAUUAUUAUUAAUUUUCUUUUUCAUUCCUGGUGUAUAUAUUUGGAUCAGAGUCCCGAAUAUUCAAGAACACCAGGAAGACGAAAUUGCUUUUUUGUUGACGAUUUGUCGAACUAUUAUGGGAUAUAUAUAUAUGGGCAGUGAAUUUCCUAUGGACUUUUUACAUUAAUCAAUUUAACAUCGGAUAGUGCAGGGAUCUGCGUGAUCGACGACUGCGUAUCGGCAAUCGGUCGCGGGUAUUAUAUUAUUGAAUAUUAAUUGAUCUCAAUGACACCGAAAAGAGAGGCCGCUGUUUAGCGACGCUUUCAAGUUUAACUCGUCAGCCAUUUUGCUCUCAUUCUCAUUUUGGUGUCCGUAGUGUAAACUUAGUUUUGUGCCUUUUUGUGAAAUUAAAUUUAAAAUGUGAUAAAUUUAUAAUUUUUGGCACGAGGCGUCAUCGUUGUCGUCAAAUGGGCAGACUUCCCAGUUACAUAUUAUGAGUCGUUUUCCUUCUGAAUCGAUCUCAUUAUUAUUUAAAAAUAAUAAUAAUUAUUAAAAUCAAAUUGAAUCUUGUUAGACGGCUUUCUGUCCCUUUCUUAAAUAUCAAACUUGAAGUGAUUAGCAAUAAAUAGUGUAACUGCUAUAAAUUUUGUUUAAAUAGUGUUUUUCCUUAUCCCUCCAUCUCCUCGGUUUAUUGUUGCUGUAAAGUAACAAUGGAAUUCCUGAGCUGAUUUUAUUUUUUCCUAAUUAAAAUUAUAAAAUUUACUUGUCGGGUUAUUUAACUAUUUUUUACAUUUAGUUAUUUUCCAUAAAAUAACUUGGCGUCUUGGCAAAAUUAAUAAUUAAAAAGU